AUGAAAGUUGAUCGCUCGCUUAUCGACAAGAACUUUGACCGCUAUGUAUUGGCUACGGAUGGAGUCACCAAGCACACAAUCGAAUUACCAGUAGCGGCAUUGCCUUUACUUAAUGUAGAUCAGAAAAUGCGCAAGGCACAGUGGGAAUCACGUGUGUACUACAAUGCGCUAACGGCAGAUCCAUUUCUAAGUCGACACUUUGCAGCAAAAGUUUUGUAUUUUGUAAACGCAGAGUUCGAGCUUGUACAAAUUAUCGACCAUCACACGGAUGGCUUGAAGAUUGAUACGAUUUGUAGCUUUCCAAAGUUGACAACAAGGCAGGAAAAUGUUUCGGUGCAGGUGGCUGGGACUGGAAUAAUUGUGUAUUGUGAUGGAAACGGGACGCUGCAUAUUGUAAAGGCUACAAAUAACGAGUAUGGGGCAAAGUGGAAUGAAUUAUAUUCAUUUGCACCCUACGGAGUUGUUCCACUGCUCGUGUUAGGAGCAUUUUAUGACGAAUCGAAUAGAAAGGUCCAUAUUGUCGUCGCUGAAUCUCUUUUAGAGAACCAAGAUGAUGGUGCGUUCCGAGUUUCGACAAUUGAUUUGGCUUUACAAUUCGCUGAGCUUAGUACGACAACUAAAAAUGUGUUUGCUGAGCUGCAAUAUACAGUGACAGCAAUCACCAUAGUCUCAAAGCUGCCAACAUGCGUUUCGUUUAAUGAUCAUGAUGUGGUUUUGCUACUUCAUGGAACAUAUCAAUUCCUUGUAUCAACGUUAAAAAUGCCGACUCGAGAGAUAGAAACAACUUCAAUGACAAGUAAAGCAUUGCCACAAAAGCGUCUUCCCGAUGAGGAUGCAGUAGACGAUGAAGAGAUGACUAUGCUUUUGUCUAAAAUUCCACGAAGUGGAAUUGGUUUUCAUGGUGAGAUCUCAAGACCUAAGGACUUUCGUGAUCUGGCAUCACUUGACUUUAAUAAACCGCUUAGUGAGCGGUUCCAAAAGUCCAACAUACCUUUUAGCUCUGUCGAUGAGCCUCUACCCAAUGCAUCUGAGAUCUCGACAUGCAGUCGUCAAGAAGACAUCAAGUUGCAGCGAGACCGACCACUCGAGGUGCCUAAUGCUGACUCUAUUCUGAGUGGUUAUGAGGAAUGUGAUAAUGGAGACCCAAAUGCAAAGGCGUGUCUAGUGCUCGUCAACUUGAAGGAGAAAGUGGUACAAGAACAGCUUAUCGUUGAUUGUACAAAUUUUCAAUUUCUGUGUCCAAGCACUUGUGUAGCAAGUUCAAGUGAUAUGAAGGCAGCACUUUUAUUCAGAUACGAUGUCCAUGGUCUAAUCUUUGAGCUAGAAAUAGCGUCAAAUCGAUUAAUACUAAAGCACACAACUACAUUACCCGCCUUUGGUUUUGUUCAAGCAUCAAAACAAGAGAAGAAAAUAAUGACAUUUCAUUCGUCAGGAUCACUUGCGUGCAUUGGUGAAUUUCAACGUCGUGUAUAUGUGUAUCAAGGUACUCACUCAAACAAAGAGCACAAGUCCGACACACGCCAGCAGCACGUAAUUGAGCUUGGUGAUGAGCAACUUUACGGACUACAGAUCGUCGAUAAUGAGACUAUUCUCCCUGCAAAGGUAAUGGCGCGGUCGGUCGCAAUCCGCUCUCAAGCUGCUAGAAUAAAACAUAUGCAUGUGCAAUUCACUCCUACGAGACCUACUAGUAGUCGAUUCUUCUCAUCCAGACCAAUUACGAGUUUGUUCAAUGAAGAUCGAAUUGUCGCUGGUUCACCCUCCGAAGAAGCAAUCAACACUACGUUGCAGUCGGUAGAUAAUGCUUCAAGUGCAGUCGACUUUGCUUCUGUAUCUGACCUUGGAUAUUCACUGUCUGAUUUGGCAAUACGUUCGCUUGAUUUAAUUCACACGACGACAGGACUACCGUGGUGGGCGACAAUUAUUGCCACUACGGUUGCUGUUCGUACCGCUUUCUUUCCCAUGACUGUUAUUUCAAUGCGAAAUGCAGCCAAGAUGAAACUAUUUCAACCUGAUAUGGAAAAACUCCGAGAGGAGAUGGAUGCGAAUCCAACGAGAGAUCCUCAAACGGCGAAAGAAUUUCAAAAAAAAUAUCGAGCGCUGAUGAAAAAACAUGACGUCAAUCCGUUUAAAAGUGUGCUCACACCGCUAUCACAGAUCCCUGUUUUUCUAGGAUUCUUUUGGGGUCUACAGGAUAUUUCUAAAUACUUUCCCGAGUACGCUCAUGAGGGUGUGGGGUGGGUCUCGGAUCUAUCCGCUGCUGAUCCAACAAUGACAUUACCCGUCAUUUCCUCGGCUUUAAUGGUGGCAUCUGUCGAGCUUGGUGGAGAUGCAAUGUCUAGUGAGAUGGCAGACAAGAUGAAAUUCGGCAUGAGAUGCUUUGCAUUGUUAAUGAUUCCACUCACUAUGAACUUUCAAUCGGGGAUCUUCGUUUAUUGGGUGACAUCAAAUACUUUCACGCUAAUGCAGACAGCAGUGAUGCGGCUCAACGCUGUUAAACGUGCUCUUAAUAUUCCCGUGAGAGAAGUUCAGCGUCUUGAGUCCGCUAUGAUCACGACAUCAUCGCCUUUUGAAGCAGCUGUAGCCCAUGCGAAAGCAGGCACAAUUGUCAAGACACACUUAAACAAGCCAACCAAGUCGAUCAAGUCACAUGACAAGAAAUAA